AUGUCGUACCAUACAAACACAGAAAAUCUACUCCUAUCUAUGAACUACACUUCUAUCCAAAAUGUCCAAACCAUACACAGAAACAUUGUAAACUUUACUAAUCCCAGCUUUAUAAAAGAAAUUUUAAACAAUGAUUUUAAAGAACUGGAAAAAAGAAUAUGUCCUACAUAUGAAGAAAUUGCAUUAGAUUUAAACUCCGAAAGACUUAAUUUGGAAAAACAUUAUGAGAAACUGACAACAGCUGUCACCAAACAAGGAGAAGACUGGCACAGAGAAAUUAACAUCUGCAUACUUGAUCUAAAGAAAUUACUGGACUCCAAUGAUGUCUCCCUAACCUCUGCAUACAAAUCUAGGAAUGCUGAGUCCAGAAGUUUACCUCCUAAAAUCAAUGCUACAUUACCAAGUUUUUCUCCUCAUCAGAUCAACACACAACAGUUCAAUCAAAUGUUUGGUUCUCUGGCAUCAUUAUUCAUUACAACAGAAGAACAUCGCUACACGAUGAAGACAUCAGAAGAUGUAUCCUGUCCUCCAGUCAAACCACUGCUUGAUGAACCAGAGUUCAUUACCACCAUAGACACUGGUAAACACAUCAGUGAGAACAGAAACCUCAUUAUCUGUGUGGCUGACCGUGGAGCCGGUCAAGUAGUGGUGGUUAAUCAGGCAGGAAAACUCCGACUUAGAUACACUGGUCAUCCCUUUAUUACCAAGGGAUCAUUUUAUCCACGUGGCAUCACAACAGACAGUCAGAGUCAGAUCCUGAAAGCAGACAGUAAUAACGACUAUAUCCACAUCCUAGAUAAGGAAGGACAGUUCCUCUGUUACAUUGAAAACUGUUAUCUACAGCAUCCAUGGGGUUUACGUGUAGACACUAAAGACAACCUCUUUGUGGCUGAGUUUCACAUUGGUAAAGUCAAAAAAAUCAAAAACAUGUACUAA